CCUGGGGUGAACACGGAUGUGCGGGCAGCCCUGGACCGGAUCCUGCCCGCCCUGCACCGGGCCAUCACCUGUGCCAAGCAGGCAACCAGCCCCGUGGAGCUGAGGAAGGCCAUCGAGCAGGUCUUUCAGCUGGUGGAGGAAGCCUGGGGGAUGCCCACGCUGGGGAGGGAUGUGGCCAAAGUGCUGUGCGACGUGAUCCGACUGGAGGGGGGCCUGGACCUGCUGCUGAAACUGCUGUACACCGCCGCGGAUCGGAUCGCCCGGAUCGGUCUAGGCGUGAUUCUGAACUUAGCCAAGGAGCGAGAUGUUCCCCAGCUGGCACAGAGCAUCUCCGGUAUCCUGGAGCACAUGUUCAAACACACUGAGGAGACCUGUUUCCAGCUCAUCUCUGACGGAGGCCUGGAUGCUAUCCUCUACUGGUGCCGCUGGACGGACCCCAUCGUGCUGCGGCACUGCGCCAUGGCCUUGGCCAACUGUGCCAUGUAUGGAGGGCAGGCCAACCAGCGCCUGAUGAUCGAGAAGAGGACAGCAGAGUGGCUUUUCCCACUGGUGUUCUCAAGGGAUGAUGAACUAAUCCGCCUGCACGCGUGCCUGGCCAUCACGGUGCUGGCCACCAACAAAGAAAUCGAGAAGGAGGUGGAGCGCUCGGGGACGCUGGCUCUGGUGGAGCCAUUCAUUGCCUCGCUGGAUCCGGAGGAGUUCGCCUGUGAGAUGUUGGGCAGCAGCGACAACAGCCAGGGGAGGACGGCGGAGGACCUGCAGCGACUGGUACCCUUGCUGGACAGCUCGAGGCUGGAAGCACAGUGCAUCGCUGCCUUCUACCUCUGCACGGAGGCUGCCAUCAAAACCAGGCAGAAGAAAACAAAGAUUUUCAGUGAGAUUGGGGCUACGCAGAGCCUGAAGAGGGUAGUGUGCUACUCCACCAGCAGCACAACCUCCUCCCUGGCCAAAAAGGUGCUGCGCAUGAUAGGCGAGGAGGUUCCGCGGCGCAUCCUACCCACGGUUCCCAACUGGAAGCCCUGCGAGGUGCAGACGUGGCUGCAGCAGAUUGGAUUCAACAAAUACUGCCAGAGCUUCCUGGACCACCAGGUGGAUGGGGACAUUCUCCUGAGGCUGACGGAGCAGGAGCUGCAGGAGGAUUUGGGGAUGGACUCCAGCAUCACUCGGAAAAGGUUUUUCCGGGAGCUGACAGAGCUGAAAACCUUCGCAAACUAUUCCACCUGCGACCGCAGCAACUUGGCCGAUUGGCUGGGCGGCAUCGACCCCAAGUUUCGUCAGUACACGUACAACCUGCUGACGUGUGGCAUCAACCGCAACUUCUUGCACCGGGUGACGGAGCAGCAGCUGCAGGAGGAUUGCCACAUCAACACCGGUUUCCACCGCGUCCGCAUCCUCACUGCUGCAAGGGAAAUGCUUCACUCCCCUAUAACGCUGCAAACCGCAUCCGAUGGGACUGAUGUAUUUAUCAGCUACCGGAGGAGCACCGGCUCGCAGCUGGCCAGCCUGCUGAAGGUCCACCUGCAGCUGCAUGGCUUCAGCGUGUUCAUCGAUGUGGAGAAGCUGGAGGCAGGGAAAUUUGAGGACAAGCUGAUCCAAAGCGUCAUGAGUGCCCGCAAUUUUGUGCUGGUCCUGUCCCCAAACGCACUGGAUAAAUGCAUGGGAGACCCCGAGUGCAAGGACUGGGUGCACAAGGAGAUUGUGACAGCCCUGAACUCUGGAAAGAACAUUGUACCUGUUACAGACCAUUUUGAGUGGCCGGACCCAGAAACACUUCCCAAGGACAUGAGGGCUGUCCUGAAGUUUAAUGGUAUCAAGUGGUCCCACGAGUACCAGGAGGCCACAAUUGAUAAAAUCAUCCGCUUUCUCCAGGGCCGUUCCUCCCGGGACUCCUCGGCGGGGUCGGAGAACGGUCUGGACUGCUCAUCCUCCCUGGGGCAGACCUAG